UUCUACCUCUCCAUCAAUUCAUUUCCGGACGCUGGGGUAAUCUGUUGUGGUUGAGACUUGGAGUUUCUACCGCCACUGCGAAAACUAGUCCUGUCUUCUUGAUUUGACAUAGGAAAAGAAAGCUAUCAGAGAUUAUGCCUCCCCCCAUCUCUCUCUCUAUCUGUGGAGGUGGUCACCAUCCAUCCAGCCUCCGUCGUCUCCUCUACCUCUGAUGAUCAAUAAUUCCAUCUUCUCUCCUACCAUCUGCAUCUUAAUUUGAUUGCUUGCUUUCUUAGUUUCCCUCAAGCUCCUCUCUUUUCUAGCGAGUACUCUAUUGUUAGUUUUUCUUUCUUUGAUAUACCUUUGGAGGGCUGGUAGCUGGGGGAGGCAUGGAGGAAUUGUCCCAUCUGGGAGACAACCCUAGAGGAGGGGGCUUCAGAUAUGCGUCCUCCUCCGUGGCCACAGCCUCAAACACCACCACCACCACCACCCCAAUUACCGGUGUGGUUGCACCCCCCACCUCUGCCUCCGUUCCCAUCUACUGCGGACCAAACCUAAAUGCAAGCACUCUCCCCCGCUUCCACCCUCCCAAGCCCGAGGCCUCGUCCUCCUCCUCCCACCGUUACCCCUUCGCUCGACCCACCGACGUGGACGCCAUGAAGGCCCGGAUCAUCUCCCACCCCCACUAUUCCAACCUCCUCAAAGCCUACAUGGACUGCCAAAAGGUGGGAGCUCCGCCGGAGGUGGCAGACCGGCUCUCGGCGGUGGCGAGCGACUUCGAAGCGAGGCAGCGGGCCGGGAUACGCUGCCGGGACCCGCCGGCCGAUCCGGAGCUCGACCAAUUCAUGGAGGCAUACUACCAUAUGCUAGUGAAGUAUAGGGAGGAGCUCACGAGGCCGUUGCAGGAGGCUACGGAUUUUCUGAGGAGGGUCGAGUCGCAGCUAAACUCCCUAACCAAUGGAUCCUUUCGCAUCCUUUCCUCUGAUGAUAAACAUGGAGUUUGUUCCUCUGAAGAUGACCAAGGAGGCAGUGGAGAAGAAACCGAGCUUCCUGAGAUCGAUCCCCGUGCUGAAGACGCAGAACUAAAGCGCCACCUUCUGAAGAAGUACAGUGGAUACCUGAGCAGCCUCAGGCAAGAACUAUGCAAGAAGAAGAAGAAAGGUAAGCUUCCGAAGGAAGCCCGGCAGAAGCUGCUUGGUUGGUGGGAGCUGCAUUAUAAGUGGCCAUAUCCAUCGGAGGCAGAGAAGGUGGCCUUGGCUGAAUCAACGGGCCUUGAUCAGAAACAGAUCAACAACUGGUUCAUAAACCAAAGGAAGCGGCAUUGGAAGCCAUCAGAAGACAUGCAAUUUGUAGUGAUGGAUGGUUACCAUCAUCCACAGAACGCCGCUGCUCUGUACAUGGAUGGGCACUUCAUGGGUGACGGCUUAUACCGUCUGGGCCAAUGACCCGGUCGCGGUAUUUACCCGAGCCGGGUCUUGGAACUGUCUGGAGUCUGGUUUGCUUGGGAAAUGGAAGUGUAUGCUAAUGCUUGUGGGUGGUAAGGAAUAAUCAUGAUUCUUGAAUGCCCAUCAUCUUUUUAUGGCCUUUAUUUGGGUGACGGUGAUGUAGGUGGUAAUGCUGUUUGUAGUGGUUAUGAAUGUUAGUACGCUGUUAAAUAUAUUGAAGUUAUUGGUGUAAAAAUCUAUUUAUCAUCAGGCAAUAUUUCUGAAUUUUA